ACAAAGGCCAAGAAUAGUGUGUUGCAAGGAAGCAGACUGAAAAUGGCCCGAGGGUCAGGUAAAAGGAGGACACUGAAAAAUAAUGCCGCAAAAGUGGUCAAAGAGGCAGAAGUUACAAAGCCAGCUGUUCGUCAGACGAGGAGCCAAUCUCUCAAGGAAAAUCAAGAAAUUGAGAUACAGUUUCCAGUUCCCACAAAUGAAAAAGCAGAAAAUGCCCUGUGUAAUUUUGUGGAUGAUACAGUAAAUAGAGGGUCAAGGGAAGGUUCUGCAGAUUCAGCCAUUUCAUCCAAUAGUUCAAAGUGGUCUUUAUAUAGCAAUGUGUCUUUUAUUAGUAGAAUGUCUAAAUGUGCAGUGACAAGAAGACUGACACAAACCCUUGAGCCAGUAACUGAGGAUAUAAUUCUGAAAACAGAGGGUGACGUUAAUCCCGACACCAUAAAUUGGGUAAACGGCUUGUCAUCAGAUAGGGGUCCUACUGCCACCCCUCUCGUACGGACCCAUGCGGUAGCUGAUGGUCACUUAACAAAGCGAACAGUGAGCCAUGUCACUGACAGCUCCAAUUCAGACAGUGGUUAUGACUGUCAGAUGUUUGAAGAAAGUUUUUCUACAUAUAAAUUUAGAUCUGAGGCUGUAAUUCAUCUUCAUAUAUAUGUACUCUGGGCAUUAAUGCUCUCAACUGAACAUCAUGUGACG